GCAGAAAGCAAGAGCACAGAGUUUGAGGUCGCGCUCUGAGGAAACCUCUAACGAGAUAUAACGGUGGAAUAAAUCAAUGGGAGUUCUAAAACGCCCGAUUUUGGAAGCGGCGACGAGAGUUUGUCAGAGGCAAAGUUGUAUUGCCUGCUCUUGGAGUACUUGUUUACUAAAACGACCGAUGAGUCUCAUCUAGAUGACCUUCCUGUGGUACAGUAUGGAAGACCACGCCGGUUGGUCUUUCCUGUAGGAUGGUGGCGCACAGUUCAGUGGAAGGGAAUCAAGGCAUAGAAGAUCGCCAAGUGAGCACUGAGGCCUCCUCAGACGUCUUCCAAUCCCAAAGAUCCAGGCCCAGGCAGAGUACCGUGGCUUUCCAGACACAUUUCAAGCCGUUCAACUAUGCAAGAGACUUCAAGAUCAUUUCCAACACCACCUCGAUGCUAGAGGAGAGUGGCUUUUAUUGGGGUCCCAUGACUGUGGAGGAAGCACACCUGAAGCUGAAGAAAGAGUCAGUGGGAACUUUCCUGAUCCGGGACAGUCGUCAGAGCGACGUUUUCUUUACACUGAGUUACAAAGCACAAAACGGUCCCGUCAGCAUCCGGAUUAACUUCAAGAAUUCCAAAUUCAGCCUGACAGGAAGCAAGGAAUCUUUUGACUCUCUUUUCAAACUGCUGGAACACUACAUCAGUUCCCCAAAGAAGGGACUCAUUCGGCCCUGCAGGAAAGAGCCAGUGCAGUCCCUGCAGCAGUUGUGCCGGAGACAGAUUAUGGAAAGAUGCGACGGAAAAGACAUCGACUGCAUCCCUGUGCAACCAAUCCUCAAAGACUUCCUCCAUGCCUUCCCUCAUCCGCUAUGAAGACGAGACUUGUUGCAUUAAAGCGCUGCUGGAAUAUUCUGGAGAUACUUGAUGGACUCCUCGUGGUCCUGCUCCGUUUUAGGAUGCAGGAAUCGCACUGUAGCACAUUUUGGAAUAUCAGACUUGAACACUGCACAAUGAAAGUUUACGUUGUCUGUGAAUGUUUACACUAUAUGGAAAUGCUGUUUUCCUGUUAUCGUUACAUUUCUGCUAUGCAGAGCGAAAUAUUUCAAGAGAGUAAGUUUUAUAAAAUUAAUAAAUAUAUUUUUAAACUA